GAAGCUGACGACAUUAACUGGAUCACGUCCUGCUAUUUUAGGAGCAUGUCUCCCAAAUUAAGUUACCUACGGUGUGAGAUGCGGUAAUCUGAAUGAGGGAACAGAUUCUGUAAAUGCAUGACAGUAUUGUUUGAUCUACACAACCAUGCCGUUGAAAUGGAAACUCUGCAAUAGCCCCGUUGAAAGAAGAUUCAUGGUUUCUGUUCUCAAGGCUUCCAGGGCAGCGAGUGUCUCUCCAACAUACAUCUCACUGGCAGAAGAGGGCACCUUCCCUCUGAAAGUGCCACUAUCUUGCAGCAGGAUGGAAGACUCGAAAACUUCUCCAUCCCUGAUUUCUCUUGGAGGCCCUCAAACCUUCAACAGUGAGACCCACUGCUCAGCUGUGUUACAGGGAUUUAACAGCCUGUGGAACUACGGUCUACUCUGUGAUGUUACUUUAAUGCCAGGAGAUAGUGAUGAAAGGUUCCUUGUGCACAGGGCCAUGAUGGCAUCAGCGAGCGACUACUUUAAGGCAAUGUUCACAGGUGGCAUGAAGGAACAAGAGUUGACUUCUAUCAAACUGCAUGGAGUAAGCAAAAUAGGACUGAAAAAUAUAAUUGAGUUCAUCUAUACGUCAAAGCUGGCGCUCAGUGUGGACAACCUCCAGGACAUACUAGAAGCUGCGAGCUUCCUGCAGAUUAUGCCAAUACUGGACUUCUGUAAAGAGCUUCUAAUUUCUCAGGUGUCGGUGGAGAACUGUGUGGAGUUUGGCCGCCUCGCCAACGUCUUCCACCUGACCGACCUGCACGACGACAUCCUGGAGUUCAUCGUGAGCAACUUCUCCGCGCUGAUGGCGAGCGGCGAGUACGUGAAGUUGAGCUACGAGCAGCUCGCCUUCGUGCUGGGCAGCGACAGCGUGCGGGGCUGCUCGGAGCUGGAGUUGUUCGAGGCGACGCGGCGCUGGCUGGAGCGGGAGGAAGGCCGCAUGAGGCGGGCGGCGGAGUUGAUGGCGCGGGUUCGCUUCCCGCUGAUGGCGCCGCGGGAACUGCUGGAGCGCGUGCAGACGGUGGGCUUCAUGCGGACGGACACGGCCUGCGUCAACCUGCUGCUGGAGGCCAGCAACUACCAGAUGUUGCCUCACAUGCAGCCCGUCCUGCAGACGGAGAGGACGAGGAUCCGCUCAGACACCAGCCGCCUGGUAACUCUGGGCGGCGUCCUCCGCCAGCAGCUCCUGGUCAGCAAGGAGCUGCGCCUCUUCGACGAAGCCACGCAAAGAUGGCGCCGCCUGGCCUCCAUGGACUCCCCGCGCUACCAGCACGGCGUGGCCGUCAUCGGAAACUUCCUCUUUGUCGUCGGCGGGCAGAGCAACUAUGACACCAAGGGCAAGACGGCCGUGGACACCACCUACAGAUACGACCCACGCUACAACAAGUGGGGGCAGAUGGCGGCCCUCAACGAGAAGAGGACCUUCUUCCACCUCAGCGCCCUCGAAGGCAAGCUGUAUGCGGUGGGAGGCCGCAAUGCGGCUGGAGAAUUAGCCACAGUUGAAUGCUACAACACAGCUGUGAAUGAAUGGACGUACGUCACAAAGUUAACUGAGCCACAUUAUGGACAUGCUGGAACAGUUCACGGGGGAUACAUGUACAUAUCAGGCGGAAUUACGCACGACACAUUUCAGAGAGAGCUACAACGCUACAACCCAGAGAGUAACAGCUGGUCACGGCGAUGUGACAUGUCCACUGUGCGCGGCCUCCAUUGUAUGUGCACGGUCGAAGAUCGCCUUUACGUUAUCGGAGGGAACCACUUCCGUGGGACCAGCGACUACGACGACGUGCUGGCUUGCGAGUACUACUGCCCCGUUGCAGAUCAGUGGACGGAGAUCGCCCCUAUGCUUCGCGGACAGAGUGACGUUGGCGUGGCCGUCUUCAACAAGAACAUAUACGUUAUUGGCGGCUACUCAUGGAACAAUCGCUGCAUGGUAGAAAUUGUCCAGAAAUACAACCCGGAGAAAAACGAUUGGCAGAAAGUCUUUGACGUCCCAGAAUCACUUGGUGGAAUACGGGCAUGCACCUUGACUGUUCACAUGCCAGAGGAUGAGGCCGAAAGUCCAUCUCUGGAAUCUUCGUUUCUUGCAGUAAGUUCAAUCAGUUGAGUGACUAGCUUUAAUAUUAAAUGCUGACUGCGAGGGAU